UUAUGGAAGUGAGCAAAUGUUCCCAAAGGCUGGUGUUAGCCAAUUGUAAGACAGGGUCUAGAAAGGUUUGGUAAAGAUUUUCUCUCUGAGCAUGAAUACACUGUCUGGACCCAGGUUUUUUGUCCCAUCCAGCUGGCCUCACUCAUUUUCCUACAUACACUGGGCAACAAAAAAGAGAAAGAGAGAAGAAAAGCAUUUAAAUUGUAUUUGUAGCUGUUAUUCUUUUUGGUGAAGGAUAAGAGCUUGUAUUUCCAAACGACAUAAUUUGUUUUCAGAUAUUAGUCCAGCAACAGGAGCUCCUUAUACCCUGCCACCUCCUCUGUGCCUUGGAGGUGAGGGUGUUGCUUUUCCAGUGUAGAGCUGAGCUUUGAUCUGCACCGUCUCCACUCUUGCUCACCUCGACUGUGCUGUGGCCACUCCAUAUUUAUGGUCAAGCACUUCUUUGUCUAUUUCUUUUUUUUCCUGUUUUUUCCUGUUUCUUUGGAGGUUUUUGGUUUGCGUUUUUUUUUUUUUUUCUUUUGAGUAAUGGAAAAUGUCCUCAGCUGUUGUACCUUUAGUGAAGAGACUGUUUUCUUUUCUCCUUGAAGAGCUGGUAGCUCAGGUGACCCCCCCCCUCUUAGCUGGGUGUUCUGUGGCAACUCAGCUGGCAGUCACCUCCUUUUUUUGGAGGUGGUGUUGAUCUGAGCUUCCCAACCUCUUGUGCAACUCUAAACUUAAACAACAGGCCUUGUGAGCCACAUUCCUAUCUUGACAUGUAGCAAAGUGCCUUAUCCUCCCUCCUUCCACACCCCUUACACCCCAGUUUGGCUCCCAGCCUUAUUCCUUCCAUUUCUACACCUCCCUGCUUCAAUCUCUGCAGAGGAUGCUCAGCCUACGCUUUCACAUAGCUGAAGCGUCUCAAAAGGGCACGGUUUUGAUGACUUUCAGGUGGCCUGGGCCCCAGCCUCCAUGUCCAGCAGCCUCAGCCUGAUUAUUUGUAAAUUAGUUCUUAGUCACUCCCUGGCUACUCUGCCUCUUACUCAUUUCUCCACCCGAUCUUAACUUUUAGAAUGUUUUUCUACUUUGUGUUCACACAGUGAGGUUGGAAAUGCCCUUUUUUCCCCCUGAUGCCAGGAAGAGAGUCAGAGAGGUGGUGUGAGUGAUGGCUCUUCAUGGGUGAAGUCAGUGCUGGGCUUCACCAGUGGAGAGAGGCAAAGGGCUCUUCUAGCAAGUCUUUCAGGUAGCAUUUGUGAACCUAUAUAAAAUAUCCCCUCCUAUCUUCCCCAGAAUACCCAAGGCAGAUUGUAAAGUGAGAUGGGCUGCAGUCUUCAUGGCCAAAUCUGAAUGUGUCUUGCGCUACAGCUAAAUAUGCUCAAUAAAGAAGGACAUUAAAAAGAAACAGAGGCAGUAGAUUCUGAUGGGGAAGGUUCCUUUGCAGAAUUUGAGUGGCUGGAAAGCUGCCUGGGAGAAAAGAACCUGGGAUGCUGGGAGACAGCAGCUGAACAUGAGCCAGUGUGUGCCCAGGUGGUGAAGAAGGCCGUGGGAAUGUAUCAGCAACAGUGUGGUGAGCAGGACCAGGGCUGGGAUUGUCUGUCUGUACUUGGCAAUGGAGAGGCUGCACCUUGAGUGCUGCGUCCAGCUCUGGGGCCUUCCCUACAGGAAAGACACUGAGGUGCUGGACCAUGUCCAAAGAAGGGCAGUGGGACUGGGAAAGGGUCUGGAGCAUGACUCUAAUGAGGAGCAGCUGAGGGAGCUGGGAGUGUUUAGACUGGAGGAGACCGAGGGGGAUCUUAUUGCUCUCUAAAAUUACUUGAAAGGAGGUUUUAUAAAGGUAGGGGUCUGUCUUUUCUCCCAGGUAACAUGUGACAGGACAAGAGGAAAUGGCCAGAGGAGGUUUAGAUUGUGCAUCAGGAAAAAAUUGUUCCCUGAGAGGGUGUUCAUUCAUUGGAAUGGGCUGCCAAGGGAAUCGGAGGAAUCUACAUCACUGUAAGGAGUUUAAAAACUGUGUUUAUGUGGCACUGAGGGACAUGGUUUAGUGGUGACUGUGGAGGUUCUAGGUUAAUGAUUGGACUUCUCUGCAUUUUAGAGAGCUUUUCCAUCCUUAAUAAUUCUAUGAUUUCCCACUCUUCUUUUUUUUUGUCCUAGGUUUACUAUCAGCUUGCUAAAAAUCUGAAGUGAUGCCUGUCUGUGCCAUAGCUUCCUAGACCUUACCCAGCACCCUGGUGCAGUUUCAGAGCUCGGUCAGCAGGGCAGAGCCUUGUGUGUACGCUGUCUGCAGAGUCUGCAUGCUGAGAAAUGUUGAAUACAGUACUCUGCAAAAAAUAACGUGUGGAUUUCUCGAACCUGAAGAACAAGAAAAGGUCUCAGACUCUGGAUACUGGCUGUGGGAAUUUUUUUAUUAUUAUUAUUUUUGAUUGUUUUUUUUCCCCCCCUUUUUGGAUGUGAAUUGAAGGCCAACAACAGUUGAAGUGUUGGAAGCAAGUGCAGGAGGACGCUCACCUUUUUAUUUGAACCCUUGUUUGCUGGGAUACUUUCAAGCUCUCCUUCACAGUCAUGUGGUCAUCACAGCUGCUGUUCUUCACAAUGCUCUUAACACCGUUUGCCCAUGCCUGGAUUUCUUUUAAAACAGCUUUCAGCCGUGCCCCAGUGCCCAUGGCUGUGGUCCGAAGGGAGCUGUCCUGCGAGAGUUACCCCAUCGAGCUGCGCUGCCCGGGAACAGAUGUUAUCAUGAUCGAAAGUGCCAACUACGGCAGGACCGAUGAUAAAAUCUGUGACUCUGAUCCUGCUCAGAUGGAGAAUAUCCGCUGUUAUCUGCCAGAUGCCUAUAAGAUUAUGACUCAAAGAUGCAGUAAUCGGACCCAGUGUGCGGUUGUUGCCGGCCCUGAUGUGUUUCCAGACCCGUGCCCUGGGACCUACAAGUACCUGGAAGUGCAGUAUGAGUGUGUCCCUUACAAAGUGGAACAAAAAGUUUUUCUUUGCCCUGGACUGCUGAAAGGAGUUUACCAGAGCGAACACUUAUUUGAGUCUGACCACCAGUCGGGCGCCUGGUGCAAGGACCCUCUGCAGGCCUCUGACAAGAUCUACUACAUGCCCUGGACUCCGUACCGGACAGACACACUGACGGAAUACUCCUCCAAGGAUGACUUCAUCGCCGGGAGGCCGACCACAACCUACAAGCUCCCGCACCGGGUGGACGGCACGGGGUUUGUGGUGUACGACGGGGCUUUGUUCUUCAACAAGGAGCGGACCAGGAACAUCGUCAAGUUCGACUUGCGGACCAGGAUAAAGAGCGGGGAGGCAAUCAUAGCCAAUGCCAACUACCAUGACACCUCUCCCUACCGCUGGGGAGGCAAGUCCGACAUAGACCUGGCCGUGGAUGAAAACGGGCUCUGGGUAAUCUAUGCAACAGAACAAAAUAAUGGCAAAAUAGUCAUUAGCCAGUUGAACCCUUACACGUUAAGGAUUGAAGGGACAUGGGAUACUGCCUAUGACAAGAGGUCAGCUUCUAAUGCCUUCAUGAUCUGUGGAAUUUUAUAUGUGGUGAAGUCUGUGUACGAAGAUGACGACAAUGAAGCCACAGGGAAUAAAAUAGACUACAUAUAUAACACUGACCAAAGCAAGGAUAGCAUGGUGGAUGUGCCCUUUCCAAAUUCCUACCAGUACAUUGCUGCUGUGGAUUAUAAUCCCCGGGACAACCUCCUGUAUGUAUGGAACAAUUAUCACGUUGUAAAAUACUCCUUGGAUUUUGGCCCGCUGGACAGCAGAGCAGGGCAGGCUCACCACGGGCAGGUUUCCUACAUUGCCCCACCGAUCCACCUGGAUUCGGAUCUGGAGAGACCGCCAUCCAAGGGAGUAUCAACAUCGGGGGCUCUGGGCCCGGGGAGCACUGCUGCCAGCACCACGCCACGGGUGGCCACCAGCACCACGGGCCGCACCACCACCACGUCGGCCUCGGGCAGGAGGAACAGGAGCACCAGCACACCGUCCCCCAUGGCCGACGUCCCCGAGGAAAUGACCACGCACCUGCCGCCCGCCUCCUCCCAGCUGCCGCCGGCCGGGGCAGAGAGCUGCGACCCCACGGAAGCCCGUGACAUUAUGUGGUCCCGGACUCGGCAGGGCCAACUGGCGAAACAGCCGUGUCCCUUGGGCUCCAUAGGUGUUGCAACUUUCCGGUGUCUUGCACCUGAUGGUAUCUGGGAACCCCAAGGACCUGAUCUUAGCAACUGCUCUUCACCCUGGAUCAACCACAUCACUCAAAAGAUGAGGUCAGGGGAGAUGGCUGCCAACAUCGCGCGGGAGCUGGCGGAGCACACCAGGAACCACCUGUAUGCCGGGGACAUCGCCUACUCCGUGUCUGCCAUGGUCCAGCUCGUCAACCUGCUGGACGUGCAGCUCCGGAACCUGACUCCCGGCGGGAAGGACAGCGCCGCACGCAGCUUAAAUAAGCUUCAGAAAAGGGAGCGCUCUUGCAGGGCCUAUGUCCAGGCCAUGGUGGAGACGGUGAACAACCUCCUGCAGCCUCAGGCUCUGAACGCGUGGAGGGACCUGAACGCGAGCGAGCAGCAGCGUGCGGCCACCAAGUUGCUGGACACGGUGGAGGACAGUGCCUUCGUGCUGGCUGACAACCUGCUGAAGACAGACAUCGUCCGGGAGAACACUGACAACAUCCAGCUGGAAGUUGCGAGACUAAGCACAGAUGGGAAUCUGGAAGAUCUUAAGUUUCCCCAGAAUGUGGGCCAUGGAAGCGCCAUUCAGCUGUCAGCAAAUACCUUGAAGCAAAAUGGUCGAAAUGGUGAGAUCAGGGUGGCUUUUGUGCUGUACAACAACCUGGGUACCUAUCUCUCCACGGAGAAUGCCAGCAUGAAGUUGGGAACAGAAGCCAUGUCGACCAAUCAUUCUGUCAUUGUCAACUCCCCUGUCAUCACAGCAGCAAUAAAUAAAGAGUUCAGCAAUAAGGUUUACCUGGCUGAUCCAGUGGUGUUUACUGUCAAGCACAUCAAGCAGUCAGAAGAAAAUUUUAACCCAAACUGUUCAUUCUGGAGCUACACAAAGCGUACAAUGACAGGGUAUUGGUCCACCCAGGGCUGUCGCCUCCUGACAACUAACAAGACACACACCACGUGCUCCUGCAACCACCUCACCAACUUUGCAGUCCUGAUGGCACAUGUGGAAGUUAAGCACAGCGAUGCAGUCCACGACCUGCUCCUGGACUUCAUCACGUGGGUUGGCAUCCUGCUUUCACUGGUCUGCCUCCUGAUCUGCAUCUUCACCUUCUGCUUCUUCCGUGGGCUGCAGAGCGACCGCAACACGAUUCACAAGAACCUGUGCAUCAGCCUCUUCGUGGCAGAGCUCCUCUUCCUCAUCGGCAUCAACCGGACUGACCAGCCGAUUGCCUGUGCCGUCUUUGCUGCCCUCCUGCACUUCUUCUUCCUGGCAGCUUUCACCUGGAUGUUCCUGGAGGGGGUGCAGCUGUACAUCAUGCUGGUGGAGGUUUUUGAGAGCGAGCACUCCCGGAGGAAGUAUUUCUAUUUGGUGGGGUACGGCAUGCCUGCGCUGAUUGUGGCCGUGUCGGCAGCAGUGGACUACCGGAGCUACGGCACAGACAAAGUAUGUUGGCUCCGACUUGACACCUACUUCAUUUGGAGCUUUAUAGGACCGGCGACCUUGAUAAUUAUGCUUAAUGUCAUCUUCCUUGGGAUUGCUCUCUAUAAAAUGUUUCAUCAUACUGCCAUACUGAAACCUGAAUCUGGAUGUCUUGACAAUAUCAACUAUGAGGAUAACAGACCCUUCAUCAAGUCCUGGGUUAUAGGUGCAAUAGCCCUACUCUGCCUAUUAGGACUGACCUGGGCAUUCGGACUCAUGUAUAUUAAUGAAAGCACAGUCAUCAUGGCGUAUCUCUUCACCAUAUUCAAUUCUCUGCAGGGAAUGUUUAUAUUCAUUUUCCAUUGUGUCCUCCAGAAAAAGGUACGUAAAGAGUACGGAAAAUGCCUGCGCACACAUUGCUGUAGUGGGAAAAGUACAGAGAGUUCCAUCGGCUCAGGAAAAACCUCGGGGUCAAGGACACCUGGAAGAUAUUCCACAGGCUCACAGAGCCGGAUUCGUAGGAUGUGGAAUGACACAGUUCGAAAGCAGUCCGAGUCUUCCUUUAUUACUGGAGAUAUAAACAGUUCAGCUUCACUCAACAGAGGAGCCAUGGCUAAUCAUCUUAUAACCAAUGCUCUGCUUCGUCCUCAUGGCACUAACAACCCUUAUAAUACAUUGCUCGGGGAAUCGGCGGUCUAUAACAACCCUUCUGUCAGCAUGUACAACGCACAAGAGCCCUACAGAGAGACAAAGGGGCUUCUGAACAAUGCCAGGGAUACAAGUGUCACGGAUACUCUACCACUGAAUGGUAAUCACGGCAACAGCUACAGCAUCGCCAGCGGCGAGUACCUCAGCAACUGCGUGCAAAUCCUUGACCGUGGGUACAACCACACGGAGAACGCCCUCGAGAAAAAGAUUCUGAAGGAACUCACCUCCAACUACAUCCCUUCCUACCUGAACAACCAUGAGCGCUCCAGCGAGCAGAGCCGCAACUUGAUGAACAAACUCGUCAACAGCGUGGGCGGCGGGAGCGAGGACGAUGCCAUCGUGCUGGAUGACGCCACCUCCUUCACCCAUGAGGAGAGCCUGGGCCUGGAGCUCAUCCACGAGGAGUCAGACGCCCCACUGCUGCCUCCCCGGGUGUACUCGGCAGACAACCACCAGCCCCACCUCUACAGUCGGCGUCGCAUCCCGCAAGACAACAGCGAGAGCUUUUUCCCUUUGCUGACCAACGAGCACACGGACGACCUGCAGUCGCCCAACAGGGAUUCUCUCUACACCAGUAUGCCCGCACUGGCUGGCAUGCCCAUGACGGAAAGCGUCACCGCCAGCACCCAGACCGAUCCUCCACCAGCUAAAAGCGGCGGUGGCGAUGCCGACGAUGUUUACUACAAAAGCAUGCCCAAUCUUGGCUCCAGGAACCACGUCCAUCAGCUACACACUUACUACCAGCUAGGUCGAGGAAGCAGCGAUGGUUUUAUAGUCCCGCCAAACAAAGAGGGAACCUCUCCGGACGGCAAUGCAAAAGGACCCGCUCACUUGGUCACUAGUCUAUAGAAGAUUCAGCAAAAAUUAAGCAAAGAGACAACUAAAAGCCUCUCCGUAACACUCGGUUUACUGUUCUGAGUUAAUCCAAACAGUGGUAAUAUUGUGUGUACUCCUAAAUCUUCAUGCUGUUCUAAAGGAAAUUCUCAGACUUUUUUUAUUGGAAUUUUUAGGCCGGCCCGGAGAGGACAGUAACUGCCCCCCUUAUCUUCCCAUCCUUCUUCCCUCCAGACAGACUUCAUUAUGUUAAUGAAAGAGAUAGAUAACGGCACACUUCGUGGCCUUCUCAAGUUAUGCCGUGUUUGUUUAAACAAUCCUUGAUGCUGUGUUGCUCUUAAUACCAAGGACCUGAUUUAAGAGGGAAAAAAAAUAAUAAAAGGCCAAAAAUGUGCAUUUGAAACUAGUAGCGAUGACGCAUCUAGGUGGGAACGCUGCGUAAAACAAGCUAGCAAAACUCUUUCUUACCGAUCCAGAUCACACCAUGGGUUAUGGUCACUCACAACUUGGUUUCACUGCAGCGCCCUUUGCUGCGGGAGCAAUCAAAACGUAAACAAAUUUAAUGAGAUGGAAGGGAAUCCUAGAAUCCUGUGCUAAAGGCAUAUUUUACAUUUUGCUGUAUUAACGGAUGAUAAAAACUAAUGGCAGAAAAAGAGAAGUGAACAAUUUCUAUGUAAUGUACAGAUACUAGCAUUGCACAUAUAGUCUGCUUUCUGUUCCUCCAGAACUUGCGUCCCUGUUAAUGUAGUGGAAAAAAAAAUAAGAACUUUUUUCUGUUGUGCUGGUCUUGUAAGUUUGUCUACCAGUAGGAGCAAGGUUUUUCAUAACUCUUUCCUUUUUAUUAUUUUUUUGUUUUGUUUUGUUUUGCCUUGUCCACUGCUCCUUCCCUCUGUCCCCUUCCCAUCCCAGUAAAAAAACUCACUGGGCAAAAAAAAACCAACAACCCAAACAUCACUUUCUAAGGACCAUUUUUAGUAUCACCAUCACCAUUUCUUUUCAGCCAAGGCAGUCUUUUAAUUUCCUUGCUGUAUAACCUUUUUCAGCCGGCAUGUUGCCAGCAGACCUUUUGGCAGACUAGAGCAGGGCAAACUUCCUCAUUGUCAGUGCACAACCGAUCGUGACGAUAAUCCUGUGAAGCAUCUCUGGCCAACAGCCCCUCAGCCAGGCCCUCGGGUCGUAUCCAGGGACUGAGAAGAGGUUUUGUAGUUGUAGUGGGGGUUCUACAGGAGACGGCCAUUUCCCUGGAGGAGCAAAGGGCCUUCUUGGCUCAGUCUGGUCCCCGGUUUAGGCACUUGUACUGCAGUGGUUAAGAAGAAAAUAGAUUGACGCAUAGUGAGCUAAAAAGUACGUUGCGGUGAUUUUUAAUUAAAAAAAAAAAAGUCCUCUGUUCAUUAUUUUUCCUAACAGGAAAUUUAUUUAUUUGACCAGAUUUUUAAGUAACAUAGGCUUUCUGGAGGUAAAUUAGCAGCACGGAGUAUGAAUUCUUCUUUUUCUCUUUUUUUUUUUUUAAUUUAUGAUCCAUUUUGUACGGUCUCAGCAGUUGAAUGACCUCAUUACUAAUAUUUGUUGUAAAAGUGAAGCUUGUUUGCCAACCAAUAAACAACUGAUCACGAUUUAGAAGAUACUGUAUGUAUGUACUGUACAAUUAAUCUCUCUUUUUUUGUCGUUGUUGUUCCUCUCUCCAUUAAUGUCUUCAGUAUGAGUCUCCACUCCUUUACAGCAUGGGUGAGCAAUGCCGAAGAAAGGAGGCCUAAGCUGAGAAAUUUAAGCACAAAGGUUAUACAGCUGUGGCUGACUAGAAAAAUCAGGCUGGUGGUACUUGUUUAGGGGCAAAAACAACACUGGUUGACAUUUGUUGCAGGUGAUUCUAGGUCUGUUUUGUGCCUACUGUAUAAAGUAGCCGACAACACACAGAUGAUCUGAGUAUAGUGUUUCACGUGUCAUAUCUUUUAAUCAUUGUAAUUUUUUUUCUUUUAUUAAUUCUCUUAUUUUCUUUUUUUUUUAAUUUGGCUUUCCUGAGAUUAAAAACUGCUGGUAGCAUGUCAAAGAGUAAAACAAGUCCCUGUUAGGCCUUC